AUGCACCCGCCGACGUUUGUAGGGGGCCCCGACCCUAUUAUAGCGGAGGACUGGGUCAAGAAGACCAAGAGGAUUCUAGAAGUCCUCCACUGUACAAAUGAGCAGAGAGUCGUUUACGCUACCUUCCAGCUGUCUGGGGAGGCGGGGCGUUGGUGGACUACCGUGAAUCUGCUGGAAAAGCAGAGAGCCGGUGUUUCGGAGAUGUCUUGGAGCCACUUCAAAGAGGUUUUCUUUAAGAGAUACUUCUCGGCCUCCACUCGUGAUGCGAAGGCAGAUGCGCUUUUUGCUCUGUCACAGGGAAAUAUAAUGGUGCAGGGGUAUGUUGCUUGGUAUAUAGAGUUAUCCUGCUUUGCGCCAUGUCUGAUCUCGAAAAAGGCCACGGUGAUCGAGAACGGCAUCCGAAAGGAUGAGGUGGAUCAGGAAUCGAAGAAGAGGACAAUACCUUUUGGUUCUUAG